AAACAAUGCAUGCACCAAGCAUUGGUUUAAAUUUGUAAAUAUCGUAAAAUAAAUAUAAUUAAACCAGGUAAAUAGUAUGCUAUAAUGAGUGAAACGAGCUGCAGAUUGUGCCUAGGCGAGGUGCAUCCGGAUGAUAGAGGUUCUUCCAUAUUGGAAGCUUUAUUCCGGGGUGCGAUCAAUCGCGUGUUUUCGUUCGAGAUAAAGCAUGAUGUUAGCUUGCCCAUUUACACCUGCAACGAUUGUUCGCAACAGGUGUGGGACUUCAACAGUUACAGCCAGUUGGUGCAACGGAAUCAAAAUAUAUUGGAGGAAACGAAUUUGCACAGUAACAAACCUUCAAAUUCUAUCGAAUCAACGAUACCGCAACCGAUCGACCCGGAUAACAUAAAAAAGGAAAAUGUCUCACCUGACGGGGAGUUAGAAAAUUCAACAACAGUGCCAGAGCGUGUUCCUGAAGAUGGUGGUUUGUUUCCAGCUAUAAAAACGGAACCAAAUGACUGCGAUGAGCAGGAGGAACCCGUUCCAACACAGAACGUUGUGAAAAGUGAGCUUAAUCUAAUGGAUAUAGAAGAAAAGACGCAAACAGAACAGGACGUAGAUCAGGUAACCGUUUUGGAAACGACGAUCAAGGAUGAAAUAGUCGACAUUAAUGAAAGCGAUAGUGACCAGGAGGUCAACAGUAACGACGAAGAAACAAACAAUUCACCCGUGGAAUCUAUCACGAGUGCAGAUUGUAAAAACUUGAUAGAAAAGAUGAGAGAACGCAUCAGGGAACGGAUCGCAGCGAAUAAGCCAUCCUUCCGAUGUGAUAUAUGCGAUAGAUCGUAUUCUAGCGAACGGUACCUGAAAACACACAACGACGUAGUGCACGCACCGUAUGUACGACGGAAACUCUGGUUUCCUUGCAAUCUGUGCAAUCGAUCGUUUUCGCAUCAAACGCUGCUUCAGGAUCAUCACAAGACUCAUGUACCGGCAACAAAACCCACAACGCGGAGUAAAGCAUCGGAGGGAAACAUAACGGAUGGGUCCGAUCCGGCCUCGGAUGCAUACUCGUUUCGUUGCACCGAAUGCUGCAAAACAUUUACAUGCCACAAGAGUCUGCAAACGCAUAUGGAUGUAAUGCAUCCGUUUAUGGUACGGGAACCCCAAACGUAUUCGUGCGACCAGUGCGAUCGAACGUUUGAUGAUUGUCGUAAAUUGACCAAACAUCGGCGGAAACACAAGUUUCAACAGUGUCCCGUGUGUAAGAAGCUACUGUUGAAACAAAACAUCGGCACACACAUCCUUGCCCACCAGGGUGUGUUCCGUUGUGAUGUGUGCGACAAAUCAUUGUCGUGUAAGAAAAGUUUAAAGCGCCACCUGGAAACCGUACACUCCAGUCCAACCGAACGUACCAAUCGUGAUUAUUCGUGCAGCAUAUGUCCACGGAAGUUUUACCACAUUGCCCAUCUGCAAAACCACCGCCAACAUCAUAUCAUGCAAAAGUGUCCACUUUGUGACAAACUGGUGAGAAAAAACAAUCUGUACGAACAUGUGGCCGCGCAUAAGGGUGCGUAUCGGUGUAAACCGUGCGAUAAGGUGUACACUUCCAAGCUGGGUCUAAAGAUACAUGAAAAGCAGAAACAUGGUGCUGGGAUGUAAAAGAACGCACGCGAUCGACGGUUGCGAUCUUGUGAUCGUUCAAUAAAUGGUUUGGAAACGCAUUGAUAGACAUAUUAAGCUGGAUUAACUAAUGUGUUUCCCAUUUCCGUGUCCUGCCAGAGGACUUCGUUUUUUUCUGGCUAUAAUUUCCACUCAAACGUCUCCCAAAAAUUCUUUAUUUUAAGUUUAGUUUUAAUCCACUAUAGUCAAGGUCUUGCCUAAUUGUAUAUUUUUAUAUUAGUAUUGCUAUUGAAAUAUCCCAAACUUACAUGGAAAAGACCAAACACUCAGAAAAUAGUGAAGUACAAUCGAUCAAAUUAUAGUUUAUAAAAAUGAAUAAUUGAUUAAAGUUAGCAUAA